AUGGAAUCUUAUCUUUCGCAAACUUUAAUUCCGCAAGUGCCAGACUAUCCAAUGCAGUCGGAAACGGCAGAGCGGACCCUGAGGCGGAAGACAGGAAGAAAACAUCAGAUGGCAGCGUGCUGCUUUUGCAAGAAGCGAAGAAAAAAAUGCGACGGGAAGUAUCCUAGCUGCUCUGCCUGCCUCAAGCUCGGAAUCGAUUGCACGGUGAUUGACCCUCCUACGGGAAGAGAAGUCAAACGGAACUAUUUGGAGAUUCUGGAAACAAAAUUGCAGCAGCUUACUGCCCAAUUGGCCAGGGUUGAUGACAUGCGAAAAGAAAGUUCAAUAGAAAAGCCACAGUUCCAGAACCCUGCUCCCAACAAAUCUGAUCUCGCUCAACAGGUUGGGUAUAUCACUUUGCAAGCCGCGGGCGAAUCAAGGUAUUUGGGCGAAAGCAGUGCCUACUACAUUGCAAAGACCAUCAGCGAGUCUAUCAAUUGUUAUACCGCAAAGCCUAACACCGCUGCUUCUAGCAUUGAAGAGGCCGAGCCUCCACAAACUGUCUUUUCCAAACCCUCAAAAAGACUUGCCUCCGCUUUUCUCACGGCUUACAAGAACUACGUUCAGUGCCAGUACCCGUUUCUGGACUGGAAUAGCACUAUCACAAUGUUUAACCAAGUGAUGAACGACGACUCCCAAGACCCAGAGGCAUUGUUUUUCGUUUAUAUCAUUUUUGCCAUAGGGACACAGCUUCUCGAAGACCGCACUCAGACAUCCCACAAGCGGAGCUACUACGAAAAAGCGUUCGAAAAUAUCGGCUCGGUCAUUGGAGCCACUACUCUGCGCGCAGUCCAGGCGUAUUUGCUAAUUACCGUUUUCGCCCAGAAAAUGCCUGACGGCUCCUCGUGCUGGCAGACCACAGGACUUGCCAUUCGAACGGCGGUGGCCCUGGGUCUUCACCGCAAACCGUACCGCAACUGCGACCCAAAACUCGAGGAUCUCAGGUCACGUGUUUUCUGGUCAGCAUACGGGAUGGAGAGAAUCAAUGCCCUGGUUUUGGGCAGACCGUUCAGCAUUUCGGAUGCGGACAUCGACGCGCCCUUCCCUCAGUACUCGGAGGAUACCAAAGUGGCCUGUCAUGUCGCGCGGCUGCGGAGAAUACAAUCGAAUAUCUGCACCUUCAUUUAUAAGCCUGCACAUUUAUUGGGGAACCGAGAGGACAUCGAGGCUACGCGCGUGCAGAUAGUUGUGGAGCUGAACGAUUGGAUGGCGACGUUCCCAUUCAAGGAUGAUGCAGUCUCAACGUUUGAGACAGACAACUGGUCCAUCAUCUCGUACCACAAUUCCAUGCUUCUUCUGCUCCGGCCGGUGGUGUUAGAAGUCGCAAAACUGAGAGAAAAGGCCCCCAAAGAAGCUCUUGACUGGUUCAAGAUAUUCACAGAGUCCGCCUCCGCUAUCUGCAUCAACUACAAAAACAUCCACGCGAAAGGAAAACUCAGCUACACCUGGCUAGCCAUGCACUGCUGUUUCGUCUCUGGCAUUUCCUUUAUAUACUGUCUCUGGCUCGACGCAGGGCUAGGCGUGUUGAAAUGGAAGCGGGAGUCCUCGAUUUACAAGACGAUCAAUGCCUGCUCCAGCAUCUUGUAUGUGAUGGCCGAGAAAUGGCCCUCGGCUUGCUUGUUUCGUGACACGUUUGAGCAGAUCUCAAAAGCUGCUCUGUGCCAUCUCGAGUCGCCGAGAGAGCAACCGACUGACCUUUCCGACGGUGAGCUGCUAGAAGGAACCAUUGGUAUAGACCAGUAUCUGCGCAAUCUAAGCUCGCAACAGAAGCAGAACUCGACAGACGGAAUGGCAUUUGCUCCGCCUAGCAACGACGUCCUCGAAAAGGAUACUGAUUGCCAGAUCUCAGACUCGCUGUGGGAGUUCCUGGACACCACCGGAGACCGUUUUUUGCGCAACAUAUUCUACGACAUGGAAGACAACCUUCUCCUCUAG